AUGUCGCAGGGUAGCAGUCAUUCCGUCGUGCUGCACGUCUACGAUCUCUCGCACGGCUUGGCGCGUCAGCUGUCGCAGACCCUUCUGGGGACGGCGAUUGACGCGGUGUACCACACGGGCGUGGUGGCGUACGGCACCGAGUACUGGUUCGGCGCGGGCAUCCAGCGCGGCGUGCCCGGCCGCACCGACUUCGGACCGCCCAUGGAGGCAAUCCGACUAGGGUGCACGGAGAUCCCGCGCGACCUCUUCGAGCAGUUUCUGGCUGACGUCAGCGCCAACUACAGCCCGCAUCGGUACAGCCUGCUGUCGCACAACUGCAACCACUUCAGCGACGAGGUCGCGCACUUCCUGCUGGGCCGCGGCAUUCCCACGCGCAUCCUCGACCUCCCCCGCCACGUCCUCAGCAGCCCGCAGGGCGCCCUGCUCGUACUCACACCCUGCCUGCUGGCACCCCCCCAUCCCCAUCCCCAUCCUUUUGUUCCUGCUUGCGCUGCUCCCUCCGCAGCGCCGCUGCUACAGCAGCUGGAGACCACUCUCAAGUACGGCGCCGCGCCUCGUGCGCCCUUCCCCGCGCCCUCCCCCAUCAGCGCGUCCCCCAGCUACAGCAUUCCCGCACAGCUGCUACACCCUCCACCCACCUCUGUUCCCGCACCCACUGCGCCAGACGCUGCCUUGAAUUCAAGCAGCGCGUUGCCAGCAGUAGCAGCAGCAGCAACGCCCGCAGCAGCAUCAGCAGCAGGCAGUGCAGAGGCGCGGGCAAAGGAGGCAGUGCAUGCGGAGAUCAGGCGUGAGUUUGCAGCGCUCAUGGCAGCGGGCGGGCUGGCUGCCAGCGAGGCUGCUGCUGCUGCCGUCAGGCGAGUCGUGGCCCGCCAUGGCCUCACUGCUGCUGCUGCUGCUCCCUAG